CGUACACACUCCACCCUAUACAUUCCAAAAAUGCGCUUCAUUCUUGGCGGGUAAAUAAAUUUUCAAAUUUUGGCGAAAAAAGCUUUUCCGUAAGCAACCAUACAUCGAUUCCCCCAUUUCCAUCACUACCGGAAUGAAAUGCGUCCUCCAGUUCUGCUUCCCCCAACUGCUCCCCCCCCCCUUUCAACUUCAAAUGGGGGGUUCAAGCGUCCUCCGGUUAACGAGUCUCAACUAGAAUUGGGUUUAUUCCGUCUUGGUAGAGGUAGUAAAAAUGCGUCCUACGAUUAAUGCUAUUUUUUGAGUGGCGCCAGUUUAUGUAUUUACGUUUCUUGUAUCUUAAAGAAAGCAGAUUCCAUUCUUUUUUUUUCUGUUUAAUCUUUUCUUUCAGCGAUUGUAAAAUAAUCAUUAUUGGAGAAUGUCCCCUAAAUUAGAAGAAGACGACAAAAGUGAUAGCUGUAAAUUAAAAAUAUACAGUAAGAGAGAAAAACGUGUUCCCCUGUUUAUUACAUAUUUCUCCCAUGGUGAAAUGAAAACAAAUAUUCCAAGCGAACUUCACUUUCAAUGUUUCAAGAAAAGUACAGCUGAGCAGAAAAUGGAAUGGGAAAUUAGCAGAAAUCUUGUUGCUGCUAAUGGACGAUUAACUUACGUAGGAAAUUGUAAUGUGUCGUCUCUUCACUACUUUGUUGGUGUGAGGGAUAAGAUAUCUGGUAAAAUGAAACUAUAUGAUUGUGUUAUAUUUCGAAUGAAAGCUAAAUUGCAAAUGAUAAAUAAUAAGGUUGAACCUGUAUCGAAAACUUACACUGAAGGAUUAGAUGCGCUAACUGAAAGUUUCGGCAGCAAAGCUAGAAAACGUGCACUAAGUCUUAAACAGAAAUAUAUAGUAGAUUCAUCAGUGGUAAAAGAGAUAAGUAUACAUAAUUCAAUUUUGCAAUUAUCUCCAAGUAAUUAUGCUUUACCAGAAUACAUAGAUUAUUUGCCACCAGUGAAUCGGAUAGCAUCCUCCGUGAAUGAUGUAUUUGAUAUAUGCCACAUUAUAUCCUCACAAGAAGAUAUUUCUUUGAAUAUAGAAGUGCAAGAAUUAUUUGCAUCGCCACUGGACAUGUUGACAAAAAAGCGAUUUUCAUUUUGCAAAUAUGUCAGCAUGCGCUUUGAAAAUGUAACGAUAAUGAAAGCAAAAUAUUUGCUCUAUUUCAAUUAUUUAAUUGUUUUUCAACAAUUAAAAUAUACUGAUAUGCGCAAAAAAGACCCCAUACCUAGUAUUCCUGAUCCAUAUAAAAAGAAUAUGCUAGAGAAGUUUACAAGAAUCUCUAGAACUAAUAGUGGCCGAAUAAUACGAUCGUGUUCAAAUCAGUUAAAAGAUAAACUUAUUGCUUACAUACUUGCAUUGGGACUUGUUAUUGAUGAAUUUAAAGUGAAUCUUGAGGAAAUAGUUGAAGACAUGAGCAAUAUCAAAGUCCCAAAAUUGACUACUAUUGCUAAAGCUCUUGGAUGUUAUAUCACCACGAAAAAGAUUGGAGAACGCAUAAUGAAAUACGCUGAAAUUAAAAUACCUUUAAAUGUUCCAAUUCCGAAAUAUGUUAGAAGAUCUAGUAUUAACAAAAAAUUAUAACUAUAGAUAUAUCAAUUUUAAAAGUAAAGAAAAAGGUAAUUUCAUAUUUAUUUGGAUUUACUUUGAGACAUUAGUUAUUACUGCUUAUAGUUUGUGAAUCUAAUUGAAUUGUAUUCUUAAUUUGAAACUGAUCUCUAAAGAAACAAAAGAGGUGAAAAGUAAAAAUUCCCAUACUUUUAGUUACAUUUGUGUAUUUUUUAAUAAUAUCUGCUUUAUUUAAUUUUAAAUGAUAUAUUAACUUGUCUCGCUUUUUUUGUGUGCUUAAAGCUCUACUUUUUAAA